AGUUCGAAGAUGAUUCUCUAGCAAUUUCACGACUUGUUGCUUAUAUGUCAUGCAUGUUGUUAGACUGCGAGAUAUUGGAAUGUUUCAUGAGUCAGCGCUUUGUUACUGCGCAUGCGUCGGUUCUCAAAUUUUGUGCCACGUCAAAGCGAGCGACGCUGCAUUUGCUGAUUUGGCAGUUUGGUGUGACGUUAGAAUAUUGAUGUGCCGAUGGCGAGCACUUCUAGUUUAAACGCUUCUGGGCUGGAUCUUGGAGAUCUGAGUGAAUUGUUCAACAUGGCAGCAAAUAGUCAGCAGCAAACUUUCACGAGUGACGAUAUUCUGCUCUCCUUGUUAAAUGGAGACGAUCAACUGACCAACCCCAUGGAUCUCUACCAUCUGGACCCAUCUCAAUCAUCUCCCGUCUCCAGUACAUCGUCACGUCCCUCCUCACCAUCCAGUUCCAUCGCCAUUUCACCACACAAUACAGUAUCAUCAUCUCUGAUGCCAUCAAGUCAACAUGCUGGUGGUGUGUCGGAUCCAUUGCUGUCGUGUGUUUCGGGUAUAGCGUCUCACGGUGAGGCGACAUCCGAAAUGCUUGUUGUCACAACAUCUGGACUACCGGCUGACUCCAACUAUGUGGUAGACAUGGGAAAUGAUUCAGUGUGGAUGAUGACGAGUCAGGACGACGUUGAUUUUGAGACGUUGGACGAGGGUGUGGGUGAUUCUGUAGAAGACACGAGCAUCUCACUGGAAGGGCAGGAAUCGUUGGUAUUGAGUGACGAAGAGAAACGGCUCUUACUACAAGAAGGAGUAACGUUACCAGAGCAAAUGCCUCUCACUAAGAGUGAAGAGAAGGCACUAAAGCGCGUGCGCCGAAAAAUAAAAAAUAAGAUGUCAGCUCAAGAGAGUCGGAAAAAGAAGAAAGUGUACGUCGAUGGUCUGGAGAAAAGAGUUGAGCAGACGACAAAAUUGAACAGAAGUCUUCAAAAGAAAGUUCAGAUGCUUGAGAAUCAAAACCAGUCUCUCUUACAGCAGCUAAAACAGCUGCAGGGAAUGGUCGGAGGCGUAAAGUUACCAUCGUCGAUUCAGACAGGAACGUGUGUGAUGGUUCUUGUCUUGUCGUUUGCCCUUUUCUUGUGGCCAAGCUGUAAUCCUUUCAGCAGGGAAACCUCUCCGGUGUCGUACACAUCGUCCUCAGUCAAGUCUCGAAGUCUCCUUCAUACGGAUGAAAAUGGUCAACGUAUCAUGCCAACAUCACAUACAGCAAUAGAAGGUCAAGAUGAUGGUCGACUGCAAGGAAAACCCGAGAACUCGGAGACAGACGUCUUGUUUGGUGAUUCGCAUGGGACAUCACUGCAUUCCGAAAAUAACAACGAAACAGGAGAGCUGGACACUCGCGUGAGUGCAGCAGAUACUGAUGCAAAUGAAGCAGGAAAAGACGCCAAGUUCAGGGUUAAAGACGACGAUCUUUAAGAUUUGGGAUUAAAUCAGUUUUAUGUACAUAAAUAGAUGAAUACCAGUAGAUCUUGAAUUGUUGCUCAAUGUAACUUCUUGUACAGUAAUCUCCCACGUAUUCUCAUGUAAUCUGUUGAAAGUAACUUACAACAGUUGAAGUUUGAGAUCUUAGCACACACAAACAUUAGAGAUUAUAAGCUUCAAUUGCUCAAUUGACUGAUAGUGAAAUUUCAAACUACAGUAGUAGCUGUGAGAUGGUUGUGGCUGUUGCUUGUAAGCAUUGAUUUCACCCUUUACUUUGUGCUACUUUUGUUUGUUCAGUCGUCUUGAAGUCUCAUUCAUACUGAUGAAAAUGGUCACCACAUCAUAACAACAUCACAUACAGCAGAGAUGGUCACGAUGAAAGUCAAAUUGCAGGAAAAUCCAUGAACCUAGUGAAAGACAAAUCACUUGAUGGCUCUCAAGGGACAUCACUACAUUCCAAGAAUAGCAACAACACAGGAGAUCGAGCUGGAGCCUCAUGUGACUUCAUGAUCGGCAGAUACUGAUGCAAAUGAAGCAGGAAAAGACACUGAAGACACUAGAUUCAGGGUUAUGGAUGAUGAUCUUUAAGAUUUGGAAUUAAAUCAGUUUUAUGUACAUAAAUACGAGUGAAUACUACCACAUUUGAAAUAUUGUUAAACGCCACUUCUGUUGUACAGUAAUCUCCCACACAUUGUCAUGUGAUGUUUGAAAUGAAUUUACAACAAUCUGUGAC